AGACAUUCUGUACAACCGUAUCCAUACUAUUAUAUUUCUUUGUACUUGCGGUGUUUGGAUGGAUGUUAUGUGAAGGAGUCAUCGUUUAUCUUCAACUUGUGAACGUCUAUACGGGAUUGGGUUUAGGAGGAAAACAUCUAAAGGUGUUCUAUGUGAUUGGCUGGGGUAAGUUGUUUCGGGAUAUGUGAUAAAGGACUGUGAUGCAUGAUCGCAUCUUGCGUUAGUAUGCAAAAAAAAAAAUACAGCGAAACAAAAGAAGUGCCGAAACGUUGGGGCAUGAAUUGUUUUAUUGACAAUACUGUACGAGUGCAUUUCCCCAAAACACUUCAAUAAAUGUGAAAUGCUGUUACCACGUGUUCUACUUUAGGUAUUCCAGUUGUAGUUGUGGCGGUGUUGGUUGGGUUCAAUGAUCGAAAAGAUUUUAUAACCAAGCACGCGUGUUGGUGCCGUGGUGAUGGCGUGUUGUUCUGGACAUUUGUUGGGACCAUUGGCCUAAUCUUGUUGGUAAGCUUAGACGGGAAGAAGUGUAGUACAUCAUUGUCUCUACUAAUGUACAUUGUUUUGUGAAGUUUAUAAAAUAUGGAAAGCGAAGUAUAGAGUAUAAAAUAGCGACAUAUCAAAUGAAAUCACAUCUGCGCAAAUUCUAUAAUCAACAUGGAAAAGGGAACAAUAGCAAAGUUCCGAAAGAGACCAGCACGCAUGGCAACUUUUGGAAGUGGAACAUUAAUAGCCUCACUGAGUGUGAUAAGGGACAUGAUGAGCCACCGUAAAAGCCUUUAAAGACUUCCAGCUAUAAGCGUCUACAACACGUAAUAGACGUUUUAUGCUAUGUUUAUCUCUCUCUUUCUUUUCAGAUCAACCUGGUAAUCUUCGUUCUGGCCUUGCGAAGUGCAUUAUCGUUUAGUACAGUAAACGCAGCUCGUACACUAAGUUCCACAAAAGACAGUACUGACACAACUAAAGCAACAGCUGAAACAAUAUUAAGAAAAGCAAAACUCGGCCUCAAAGGUUCAGCAAUACUACUUCCAUUACUUGGACUGACGUGGGUUUUUGGACUGCUGGUUUUCAAUCGAGAUACGAUUGUGUUUAAAUAUCUCUUCGCCAUAUGUAAUUCUCUACAAGGAAUGAUGAUAUUUGUUUUUCAUGUUCUUAUAAAUAAAAGGGUACGUUCGGUCUUAGGGAAGAUCUUGUGGUCACAUUCUCCUAAUAAAGUGGGGUUUUUUCAAGUAGUUCAGACACAAACUAAGCCUAGGGCAGUUAAAUGUACAAUACUACCUACAAUGGACAACUACGUUUGAGAUAACUUUUUCAGGUAGUUCAGACACAAACCACAGCAGCUUAAUGUGGAAUCCUACCUAUACUAACUAACAACUGUUACUUAUUUCAUCUUCAAGGUCCAUGAAGCAAUCAGCAGGGAAAAGAAACCUCGUGAAGCCAGACACAUAACCAACAUUGCGGUUAACAAUACAUGUAAGCAAUGAAUACGUUGCCAAACAUUAUUUGGUUUGCUCGUAUUUCAAUUUUUCUUUGUCCUCAAUCCAUUUUUUAUGUGAAGGUGAAGCUAAGGGAAAGGGGGGGGGGGAGUAAAGAGAAAGGUCAGAAAGUGUUUACCAUUGUUUAAGUCGACUCACUUGAUUAUCAGGGCUCCACUGAAAAUCCUUUUGUGAGUGGACCCCCUGACUAAAUAUUGUAAUUAUUAUUAUUAUUAUCCCAAGGACAGUUGACACAUCUCAGUAUUCUCAGAUGAGUGAUUUUCUCCGUUCAUAUAAAGUUUAUCACAAAUAUAGAUCUUUCAUUCUUUUGCAGGUGGUACACUAUCAACCAGUGAACGUAACUGCGGAAAAUCCAGCGGUAUAUUAUCGGAAGACCUUGAACUACUAGCAAAGCCGCAGUAAUGUCAGCUGGCUUCCACCUAUGCUUCCACUACCAAAAGUUAAUGCCCUGAUACUGGAAUGAAGAACUAUUUGAAAAUAAAGUAAUUUAAUAGAUUAUAGGUGUUUACAUUGUAUGUAUCAUGUACUUUAGCAUGUAAGCUGUUAACAUUAACACAAGAAAAAGGUUAGAAUACUAUUAAUGGUACUAAUAAUAAUGAUAAUAUUAUUACCAUUAAUAAUAAUAUUAAUGGUAAUAAUACUAUUAAUGGUAGAAACAUUUAGGACCAAUCUUAAGAAAUCUUGAUGUAAAUAGCAUAUAUAUUUGUGUAGUACGACCACGUGUGUUUGUGUGACUGUGUGUUGUUAUGUGUGUCUCUCUAUUAUUAUGGUGUAUAAAAAAUUUAGAUCACUUAUGUAAAAUUUCGCUGAAAAUCCUUUUAAGGGAUGUGAAAUAAAAAUACAAUACAAU